CACCAAAAUUUGUAGAUGUUGAUUUGAUACUGUUUACUGUUUUAACUUGGCAAAAUUAUAUUAAGAAUGAAGAGGAUAAGUGUAUAUAUUCAAACAUUUUAUUUUGUAUUAUAAUAGUGAAUUGAACUAUUUCCCCUAAACCCUCUUACCUUCUUACAUUUUGUUUAGCAGUCUGUCAUAUUUUGUUUCGUGAAGUCAAUUGUUUCGAGUUUUAAUUUACGUAAUAAUAUUAGAAUUGUUAAAAUCUGGGACUGAUAACAAUAUUUUAUCCUAGUUUUCUGUUAAGUUUGAAUCAAAAUGUAAGUUUCUAAUAAUUGUCAAAAUCUUCGUAUCAUAUCGUAUGUACAUACCUACUGUACUAUAAUCAAACUAAACCCCAAUAAAUUAUUUAGAUGCUUCGUUCAAGAUACCAUAGAGUAGAGUUAGAUAAAAAUGGCGGAGGAGCAGGCGUGCUUGGUGCGCGCGCGCUCCGACUCUGAGAGCUCCUCAAAGCUGAGCUUCGGAGCUAUAUCGCGCACCAUGACGUACGCUGAGAGCAGAGUCGGCCCAGAAGGCAGCGGCGAGCCCAACCACGCAGCGGACAUGGCGGCUAACCCUCCGGACCAUAAUCCAGAUGGCAGCAACGAGAGCGGCGAGCUCCUGGACUAUAAUGACGCGAGUGUGCUGGAGCAGUUCCAUGAAGACGCGUUGAGACAGGCCGGCUGCGGUCUAUCACAAGCCCGAGUGGUGCUCGCGUCAGGUCUCGCGAACAUGGGGGCAGCUCUGGAACUGGCUGCCAUUCCGUUCAUACUGCCCUCAGCUGAGAUGGAGCUGUGCAUACUUCCGCACGAGAAGAACUGGCUUGUGCUAAUAAGCUUAGUGGGUUGUUCGCUGGGCUCAGUGGGUUGGGGCGUGCUCUCCGAGCGCUUGGGUCGCCGCCGCACGCUGCUGUCGUGUCUCGCUGUCAAUGCUGUUUUCGCCGCUAUCGCCGCUUUCAUGCCUACAUACGGGACUUUUAUGAUGGCUAGAUUCUGCUCAGCCAUAGGUUCAGGCGGCAUUGUCCCCACAACAUACACAUACACAGCGGAGACCGCCGGCCGGCCGCGCCGGCAACUGGCCCUCGCGGUGGUGCUGUUGUGCAGCGGCGCGGGCGUGUGGCUGGCGCAUGUGUUAGCUAAUGCUGUGCUGCCACUGACUGGCGCCAGCACUUUGAUCGAAAAUAAGGAACACUUCAGCGCUUGGCACAGGUACCUACUGCUAUGCACACUGCCGAUCUUAGCGUCCUUAAUCAGUCUGAUCUGGACGCAGGAGUCGCCGCGCUUCUUGUUGGACGUCGGGAGGGAGGUGGACGCCAUGAUGGUCUACCAGAGCAUCCACAGCGGUAACCAGCUGCGUAUCUGCGGUAAACGGUCAGCGGAGCCCUACAGGGCUUCGGAACUAGCGCUGCCGGGGAAACGACGCCCGCCCGCCCUUCACCACGUCCGACACAGCGUCAAGAUGUUCUGGCAGUCGUUCUUCCAGCUGUUCUCGACUCCUUAUAGAAAUACAACGCUGUCUCUGGGAGGCGUCAUGGUGUUCACGCUAGCUAUACAGUUCUACCUAUCGUCAUACAUCCCGACAACGGUUCUGGACAUGGAGCACGCGGAUUUCGAAGCCUCCAAGACUAUUAUACACAACACGACACUAACAGAGGAGCAUUACAAUAGAACUUUGGAAAACAUUGAAUUUUACAACGUGACCUUCAGCAAAUGCGUGUUCAGAGACGCCCUGAUGUCUCAUGUCGCGUUCAAAAACUGUUCUUUUGAUAAUGUCCAGUUUUUGAACAUUAAAACUUCGUAUACCGCUUUCGAAGGAUGCUACUUCUUUAAUAGCACAAUAAUCGACACAGACAUGGAAUUGGGUCGCGAACUGGACGACGGAUGCGUGCUGAACGCGACGAGCAUCCGCGGCAUGCAGCUGGGCUGCCCGCGGCACGCGGACCUGCGGCCGGCGCUGGCGGGCCGCCUGCUGGAGCACGCGCUCGCCGCGCGCGCGCUCGCCGCCGCCGCCGCGCUCGCGCUGCUGCCCGCGGCUCUGCGUCCGCUCGUGCCGCAAUGCGCUGCACUGGUCCUCCUAUCGCCGGCUGUGUACUUCGCCAGGACGGAACACAUCCUGUACAUACUAGAGGCUGUGUACAGGUUGUUCCUAACACUGAUAUUCUUCACUAUAGGAGUGUUCGUGGUGGAGACCUACCCUGCUAAUCUGAGAUGCACAGCACACGGGCUAAUCCUAGCCGUGGGCUACAUGUGUGCGGCCGUGGUCCGCGGCUGCGGCCCCGCGCCGCCCGCCGCCGGCUGCGUGCUGUGCUGCGUCCUGGCCGUCGCCGCCACUGCGCUAGCGGCCAGGAGAUAAUUGUAAACGGUGACAAAGCAUCACAGCAAUCACAUGCAAGACUUGCCAUUUGUAAGUAUACCAAAGCGAUAGAUGACCGUAGGGCUACCAUCAACUUUCACAGAACGAUUCCAAUGCAACUCAGUUCAAAUUUAGGAACCUAAAAUUAAUCGCAUUCAUACAAAAAAUUAAGUCGAUGGUACUAAUUUGCGAGGCAGAUCAGUUUAGGUCGUAAAGUGAUCGCGUUAAGAGAUGAUGGUAAGCCCCUGCUCGAUUAAUUGAUUGUAUACUCAGUGUGUAACUAGUUUAUGAGGACGUAUCGAGUGAAAGUUGAUCUCAAAUUUCGAAUAUAAAAUUUUUAUUUAAAAUAUCGAAUGCGUUUGACCACAAUCUAGCCUGAAUAUGGGUGUUACAUAAAGCUCAUAUAUUGGUCUAUUGACUCUUUAAUAAAAAUAAAUUUAAAAUUCUUUAUUUGAGGUAAGUUUAAGUAUAAUUUAUUGGUGUCACUCGAGCGAAGUCUGGUCAGGUCGCUAGUGUAAAAUAAUUGACGAUAUUUAAUUUAAUAAACAAUAAAUAUCUUGAUACGUCCUCCAAUAUGUUACGUAAUGCUAACCCAGUGAUUAAAUGUUAGUCACAAAGUAACCACGUAUAUUACUAAUUAUACUGAACCCAAUAAGGAGUAGGUAGAUAGUAGAACGAGCAAUAACAAUUAGCAAUCACUAUGGUUUAUUUAAACAAUUUAGAUAACACAGACGACCUCCGUGGCGUAGUGGUCGCCACGGCCGUCUGAAGGUCCUGGAUUCGAUUGCCCAGCGCGGGCAAAUAUUUGUACUUGUGAUCACAGAUCUAAAUCUGUGAUCAGAGAUAUUUUUCUGCGGUUCUGGGUGUGUUGUGCCCGUUUC